UUUCUCCAUGCUCUGGGCCUUUUACGGUUUGUUUAGUUUUAGGGUUUGUUUUGUUACUUUCCUUAGAAAAAUUAGACAGUUUUAUUAUUUUUCCCCUUUACGAUAUGCGCAAAUGAGCAAUUUUAAGGCCUAUUUGUUUCUUUGGGGGCAGCCUCCAAAGUUUGAGUGACCUUCUGGGGCUGGUAGGUAGACCCAGGGCUCCUUGGAAAGUUUGGGGAGAGCUGGCAUGGGGGUGAGGAAGGGGAGGGCUUCCAGGCUUCUCAACCCAACCUCCUCUACAGCUCCAAGAGAGGCAGCUGAUAUCUGGAGGGAAAACAAAGAGGCAGGUUGCCUUUUAAGAUGGAAAGCGUACUGUUAUUUCUACUGCUAUUUAAAAAUAUAAGGCAAUAGGGGAAAUCAAGGCUCCUUGACUGGGAGCAGAGUUAAAGAGAAGCCUGAUGCAAUGCAGAGGAAAUUGGGGUAAAUGUGGUCGAGGGUUGCAGACCAGGGAGGUCAGAGAGGCUUCCAGUACCCUGGGUCCUGGGCUCCCGCUCCCAGGUGGCAGAUGCCCCCCAAAAUCUGAGAUCCUGGGGCGCAGCUACCCUCCCGGCCAGGGUCUGAGCGCGGUGGGCCCCAUGAUCUCAUCUCGCCUUUCUUCCUCGCCGCUAUUAGUGCUCACAUAGGCAGAAACAGGCGGCCCGACAUGCACACCAUGUGCAAACUGGGCCGGCUCCCUGGCCCUCUCCUCUCCUUGGGGGCCGGCCCCUCGGCCUUCGUGCAGCGUGGGGGAGCCUCUCCCUCCCAACAAAAUCCCCCCUUUAAUUGCUCAUCCCAUUCAACAACUCUGUGCCCAUGGCCUUUUCUAGAUCAACUUCUUUGGGGAAGAGGGAAAAAGAAGGAGCUCAGAGACAGUGUGAAAAGAAGCGAGAGAGGGGGAGAGAGAGAGGAAGAGAAGAGGGGGAAGUGGUGAGAUUAAGAGUUGCAAAGAUUUAAAAAAAAAAUUCUUUCUCCCCCUGCUCCUUCUUUCCCUCCUCUCCCCCUCCCCCCCACUCUAGCUAAGUGGUAAAACCGUCCUUACGUUCUCGGUAUUGAUUGGCAGGGCUGACAGUGAUUGGCAGCGGUUGCCGUGGCAACGCCACAACGACACGCCGCAGACCAAUAGAAAAGCGAAACAAAAUGUUUCAAUGCUGCACUCACUGUGGAUUUAGGGGAGAUAUUAUGAGGCUGUUGUCAUUAGGGCGAUUGCUGUGGAAUCGCUGAAUCUUGACUCGGCGGUGGUUGGCUCUCGCUCUCUCUCUCACCCUCUCCCUCUCUCUGUCUCGGGUUCUCUCUCUGCGCGCGCGCACCGGGCCGCUCUCCUUCCUCCCUCUCUAUGUGGCUGCGCGGGUGUGUGUGUGUGUGGAUGUGUGUGGGGUGUGGGUGUCCCUUACGCCCUUCCUCCUCCCCCUCCUCCUCCUGCUUCCCCCUCCUUUCCUUCUCCUCCUCCCCCCUCUCCUCUCCCUCCUCCUGGUCCUCAUCGCCCCUCUCCUCCUCUUCCUCCCCUCUCUCUUCCUCUCCCUGAAUUUUCUCCUCUCCUCUCAGGUCAGUCCAUGGUAUUCCGCUCCCCCUAGACCUCUAUUCCUCCCACUUCUUGUUGCCAAACUUCGCCGAUUCUCACCACCGCUCCCUACUUCUGGCGAGUAGCGGCGGCGGGAACGGUGCGGGAGGCGGCGGCGGCGCGGGAGGCGGCGGCGGCGGCGGCGGGAACUGUGCGGGAGGCGGCGGUGCUGGCGGAGCAGGCGGCGGCGGCAGCGGCGGCGGCUCCAGGGCCCCCCCGGAAGAGUUGUCCAUGUUCCAGCUGCCCACCCUCAACUUCUCGCCGGAGCAGGUGGCCAGCGUCUGCGAGACGCUGGAGGAGACGGGCGACAUCGAGCGGCUGGGCCGCUUCCUCUGGUCGCUGCCCGUGGCCCCCGGGGCGUGCGAGGCCAUCAACAAGCACGAGUCGAUCCUGCGCGCGCGCGCUGUGGUCGCCUUCCACACGGGCAACUUCCGCGACCUCUACCACAUCCUGGAGAACCACAAGUUCACCAAGGAGUCCCACGGCAAGCUGCAGGCCAUGUGGCUGGAGGCGCACUACCAGGAGGCCGAGAAGCUGCGCGGCCGCCCUCUCGGCCCCGUGGACAAGUACCGCGUGCGCAAGAAGUUCCCGCUGCCGCGCACCAUCUGGGACGGCGAGCAGAAGACGCAUUGCUUCAAGGAGCGGACUCGGAGCCUGCUGCGGGAGUGGUAUCUGCAGGACCCCUACCCCAACCCCAGCAAGAAACGCGAACUGGCGCAGGCCACCGGCCUCACUCCCACACAAGUAGGCAACUGGUUUAAGAACCGGAGGCAGCGCGACCGCGCCGCGGCGGCUAAGAACAGGCUCCAGCACCAGGCCAUCGGACCGAGCGGCAUGCGCUCGCUGGCCGAGCCCGGAUGCCCCACGCACGGCUCGGCAGAGUCGCCGUCCACGGCGGCCAGCCCCACCACCAGCGUGUCCAGCCUGACGGAGCGCGCGGACACCGGCACCUCCAUCCUCUCGGUAACCUCCAGCGACUCGGAAUGUGAUGUAUGAUACCCAAGGCCGCCCUCCUCCCUUCCUCCCCCUCCUCCUUCCCCUCCUCCUCCUCCUCCCCCUCCUCCUCUUCCUCCUCUUCCUCCUCCAUCCCCAGAACAAACCGAAAUCAGGAUACAUAAUCAUACACACACCCAAGUACGCACACAUGUCCACUCCAGCCAAAAAUAUAUAAAACCCGAGAAAAAUAACAAAUUAAACGCAACCCAUCAACAGCUCCCAACCACCAUCUACCACCACGGCCACCCCAAAGGACCGCAACGCCAACAGACAGUCACAAAUGCUGAUGCUGCGGGCAGAAAACAUAAAAGAGGUGACAAUUGUAUACUUUCUAGGACAAGCACGGCUUCUCCUUUCGGUUCCCACGGACCCGGCACCCCACCUGCAUGACGAUUUAUUUGUAUCUGGGAAAAUACUCUCUCUAGUUUAAAACGAUUUUAAAAGAGCCGACUAUACAAAACCCGACCACCACCACGACAAGACGACAAAAGCAAAACAGACAAAAAAAGAGAAAAAAAAAAAAAAAAGAACCCGCCAUCUCCGUUCGGAAUUUGUUGGGAAAAAAAAAAAAGAACUCCUUCAGAGGGAAAUAGCAAAUGUUUCUCGCCUUUUGUUGCUUUCUCUCUCUUUUUUCCUCUCUCGCUUUCUUCCUCUCUCUCUGUUUUUAAGUCCAAGUAUUGGUCAAACAAGAUGCAAUCUUCUGUUUUUUGUUCAGCAGACAAUCAUUUUCUUGUUAAGCACCUUUUUCUCUCCACUCUGUCACUGCCUGUGUGGGUACUGGUUAUAAAUGUGGAAAAAAGAAUAGUUAUGACUGUAACAGAUUUUUAUUUUUAUUUCAAAAUUUUAUAUGAAUUAUGUAUAUCUUAAUGAUCGGUCAUUUUCCCAGUUUGUAAUAUAUGUGUAGAAAUUGCCUGUAUAUGCUUUUUCUCCUCUCUCUUUUUCUUUCUCUCCCGCCUUCUCCCUCUCUCCCCGCUCCGCUGUCUCUUUCCUUUUGGGGGUUCCCCUCCCACUCGGUGUUCCUGGCGUCGACUUGGCAGUCAAGGCGUGGCGUGGCGGGCUGGGUUAGGAAGUGGGACCCCGUCGCUAGCGAAAGCGGAGAGUGAGAUCGUAGUAUUCUUAUGCAAAAGCUAUUGCAAGUAUUUCUUAGCUGCUUUUGGAGAUAUCUCUCACUCCCUGUAGGGCGCUUUUACUGUUAUCUUUAACUGCGUGUUUAUCUAUAUGUAAAAACUUUCUAAAGCAAAUACAGUAUUCUCCAUUUUCUUAUCA